AUGUCUUCAACAACUGAACUUAUACCUUUAUUCCCCUCUGCGACACAUCCAGCGAUACCCAUCUCUGCUCAAAUCCUAUCCACGUUGAGACACUUGACUGCACCUGGGAAAGGAAACGAUCUGAAGCCUGAGGAAAGAGCUGCCUUGGUUGGCGUAUCCGCUUUAUUAGGCUGUGAGAAAAUUCAAUCAAAGGAUUUACCAAUUUCAUCAGCUCAAAAAGCGUCUUCAGUUUCACCAGCACAUUUCCGUUCGACUUUAUCACGUUGUAGAAUAAUACUUGAAAAUAUACCUUCUUCACCUUCUUCCAAGCGAUCCCCUUCCAAACGAUCUCCCGCUAAAGCUAAACGAUCAGGUCCGAUCGAAACCCAGUCCUCCAGCUCAGAUCCGACUAAUAUCACAUCUGAUUCAGCAUCCAGAAAGGAAGGAACUCUUCAAACGGAAGAUCGAGGUGUAGGAGAAGAUGAUACUGGGAUUAUAACUCCUUCAGUAACCGUAAGGACUGAAGAUAUCUUGAGUCCAUUGCAAACACCCAAGAAAAAAUAUAAAUUCUCAUCAGGGAUUGAUAUUUCUUCUUUGAUCAAAACUCCACAACAUAGAACAACACCUAAAACACAUGAUCCAGUUAUCGCAAGUCCUUUGAGACAAAGUGUGACCAGACAACCUUCCGCCAAAUACCCUAAUCCCAACAACAGUAUCGUCGAUGAACCAACCUCGCCUAGUCAGCUUAACAAAAAAAGGUCAACAAACGAAAAAGAAGAAGCAGAUGGGAAUGACGAUGACGAUGACGAUGACGAUGAAGAAAACGAACUUGGGACACCAACGAAGAAAAUCAAAUAUUCAGUUCCACAAGGGGUGGAUCUAGAACAUCCUCCAAGUGUAAUUAGAUCCGUUCAGAGUCAAAGACAAAGAACAUCAAGAAAAGGUAAUCAAGAAAACUCAAAUGCCUUUUUCGCUCUUCGUCCUGGAUCAACCACAACCAUAACCGCAACCGCAACUAUGACUUCUGGGAAAGAGUCUGAACAAGUUGGACGUGAUCAUCAAGGUGAAAGCUGGAUGCAUCGACGUCCUGAGGAAACUCAUUAUUCCCAAAGUACUGGAAACAGAAAAGUAAGAGUACAAGGUGAAAAGAAAAAGAAAUCUAUAAGGAAGAUUGAUUGGACUUAUACUGAGAGUGUUUGGGGAAAGAGUAUGGAUACAAAUCUGGAUAAAAUAUGGCAAGAAUUGGAUACGUAUUUUGAUAAACGUGAUUUGCCAAAUAUCGAGAAUACUGAAGUACCCGGAGAAGGCAUAUAA